AUACAAAAUUUGUCAAUAUUUUGAGCGUGUCUAUCAUCAAUUUGUUCUGUUUAGUACGUUUUAUCGUCAGAAAUAAAAUAACAUCGCGUCAGUUUUAAUUUUUCAAGUGACAUGUAUAAAAAUACGUUUUUGUAUCGCGUACAAAAAUUUUCUGGUUUCUCGUUUGCUUGAUUCUUAUUCGAUAGACGCGUGCGCGCGUUUCAAAAGAUAUACUUUUUAAAAAACCUUUAAGGCUAAGGAGCAAGAUGAAAUUUGCAAAACUUUAAAAGCACCGAGUUAGUGACAUAAUGUGCGAUUAUUGUGCCUGGAUCGCUGAGAUCUUGGCGAAAAUCGAUGCCACGGAGAAAAAAAAGCCACUGCGGGCAGAUCCGGUAGUAAUUGUUCACGGAGGUGCCGGCAAAAUUCCCAGAUAUGCGCGGAAGUUUAUGCUCGAGGAGGUGAAGAAAGCUGCCGUGGCGGCGUAUUGUGAUCUAAUUAAAGGACGUUCUUCGCUGGAUGCGGUCGAGCGCGCGAUUCGUCACUUGGAAAGGAAGAAGUACUUCAAUUGCGCGUUCGGAGGCUCUUUAGACGCUAACGGGGAGGUCGUGAUGGAUGCUGCGAUCAUGACGGACGACUUUCGCGCGGGUUGCGUGGGCGCCGUUCGAAACAUAUCGCAUCCCAUAACGUUAGCCAAAAAAAUUUUGCAAGAUACGGAACACGUGCUGAUAGUCGAAACCGGAGCGCAAAAACUCGCCUUGGAGUCGGGGAUGCCCAAUUUGUCGUCCGAUCAGCUGAUAGUAACGUCCGAGUCGCAGACGUCGUUACAUGAAGAGGAGGAUGACGAAGCGAGAAAAAUGGAAGAGCCUCUGCGAGACGAGAACGAACGAUCCAAAAAGGAUUGUGUUCCAGGAUGCGCGAUCGAAAGAAACAAAAAAAUGAAACGAUACGAGGAAAUACAAAGUCUCUUGGAAGUGAUCUCCUUCACAAAGUUGAUGGAAUCUUUCGAACUGGACUUUAAUUUUAUACAGGUUGGCGCGGUUGGAGCAGUGGCGUAUGACCGGAAGAAACAUCUCGCCGCUGGAACUUCCACGGCCGGCGAAUCGGGAAAGCUGUACGGAAACGUGAGCGCGACCGGCACAACAAUCGGCUGUGGAAUUUACGUUAACGAGGCUGGAGCUGUGUCCGUCUCGGGUUGCGACAAAGCUAUUUACAAAUAUGCCCCGGCUAAUCAAAUCUUGCGACGAUUACAGUCACAGCGGAAAUCAGCAUCGUCUGACCAAGUGCUUUCUGCGGUGUUCAAGAGUUUCGAGAUAGAAACCGGAACGACCGACAUAGGAGCGAUCGCGCUGACCGCCAACGGGGUGCCGUCGGUGUCUUUCAGGUGUCCGCAUUUUCCGUGGGCGUAUUGCGACAAAGGUUACGUCCACUACGGAUGCGCGAGACACGAGAAGUUCUUGGAAAAGGUCGACGUUGUCGAGCGACCACUGGAUUGCGUGUGCGACGAAGACGCAUCUAACUAGUUUGAAUGUGUGCACAGAAUGUCAAAAUAAACACUUUUCACUUUACUUGUUCUUUAAAACCCGUUCUUUUCAUUUUGGUGAAACAAUUCUUGAAUUUUAUUUUGUCGCGGGUCUUAUAUGAUAUUUUUUUAAGUAUUGUUAAAAAUCUUAAAAUUAAUGUACGUAAUACUUUUCUAUUAGAGACUUAUACUCG